AUGUCAAAUAUACUGAGUUUAUUAAAUAUACCUGGUUUAUUAAAUUUACUAAAUAUUGAUAUUUUCGUAUCUAAGAAUGUAUUAUAUGAUUAUAUUGAUACUUAUAUUUUUAACAAAACUCAAGUAGAUAAUUAUGUUUCAAACAAUGACAAUUCUGCGAAUGAUACUAAUAAUCCAAUUGAACUUAAAUCCAAUUUCCAGGAACUGUUAAUGCCUAUACCUACUAUUUCAAAUUCUUCUUCGUAUAAUCAAGAUAAUGAUGAUUCAAAUGAUUCUUUAACUUUAAUUAUUUCUUCAACUUCAAGUCCAAAAUCAAAUCAUAGUCAAAAUCAAAAUUUAAAACAUUUUAAAAUUUUAAAUAAUGAUACUAAAAUUAAUAAUGAUAAUAACAAAAAAGAUAUGUUAGUAAGUGUUGGUAAAAAUUUAAAAAUAAAAAAGCCAAUUUUUCCAAAAUCAAAAGAUAAAAAUAUUAAAAAUGAUACUGCUACUGAAUUUAAUAAUUUAAAUAAUAAUAAAAAAUUACAAAAUCAUACUCAUAAUCAUAAUCAUCAAAUGUGGCCAAAUUCCCCACCACCUUCAUUACAACCUUUUAGUCCUUUUAUUCAUGAAUUUAAUAAUAAUAAUCAUAUAUUAGAAAUUCAAUCACAGCAGCAACCACCCCCUCCACCACCUAUAUCUUUUAUAUCAAAUGGUUUACCAUCACCAUUUUUAAUACCUUCAUCAAAUAAUAAUAAUUUACCAAACUUAUCACAAUCUCCUCCAAUUUUCCCACCACAAAUGAUUUAUUGUAAUUUACCUAUUUUUCAACAACAAAGACCAUUGACUCCAAUACCAUCAAAUAUAAUGAAUCAACAAAAUUUAUUAUAUACUUCUAAUAUUGCACAAGAAAAAAAAUUAUCAAUUUCAUCAAAGGAUAAAUUAAUUAUUAAAAAAUCAACUAUUAAAAAACAAUUAGAAUAUUAUUUUUCAACUGAAAAUUUAUGUAAAGAUACUUAUCUUAGAUCAUUAUUUGAUUUAAAAGAUGGUAAAAUUGAAUUAUUAAAAUUAUUAAAAUUUAAAAGACUUCAAAUUUUAACUUCAAAUGGUAAAUAUAAUUAUUUAAUUAUUGAAGUAAUAAAUGAAAUUGAAAUUUUGGAAUUAUUAGAUAAUAAUAAAUUUUUAAGAUUGAAAAAUUGGCAAAAUUGGAUUUUAAAACAUUGA